AUGGCGGAAAAGAUGGCAUUUCUCCUUUUUGGAGACCAGACACUGGAUAUUCAUGGAUUUCUGGCAGACUUCUUCAAGUCUGGAAAUCCUAGUAUAUUGACACAAUCGUUCCUGGAUAGGGUGGGAUCCGCAUUGAGAGCUGAGGUGGAUCAAUUGUCGGUCCUUGAACGACGAAGAGUCCCUCAUUUCUCCAGCAUCAAAGAAUUGAACGACAGAUAUCAUGCAAGAGAUAUCAAGAACGCUGCUGUGGAUAGCGCGUUGCUGUGCAUCACACAAUUGGCACAUUAUAUUGACCGCGCCGAGAAGAUGCAUGAAGAUACAACAAAACCCGCAGAGACCUUCUUGGUCGGCCUGUGUACAGGUCUCUUCGCUGCUGCUGCGAUUUCUUCAGCGCCAUCUCUCUCUGGGCUUGUUCCAGUUGCGGUGCAAGUUGUCCUCAUGGCAUUCCGGACUGGAGCACAUGUUGCUGCAUUGGCAGAUCGUCUCCAAGGAAACACAGAAGCCUCAGAGAGCUGGACCUAUGUUCUACCUGCUUUGGAAGAAGCAGAAACACGCUCAAUUCUCAAAGAUUUUCACGCCGAGAACAGCAUUCCAUUGGCGAGCCAAGCCUACGUGAGUGCCGUCACCGCUACUAGUAUCGCUAUCAGUGGACCACCUGCGACCCUGAAGACACUCUCCGCCGCUGAUGUCUUCGACACCAAACCCAUGUCUAUUCCGGUACAUGGACCAUAUCAUGCACCACAUCUUUUCUCAAACUUCAACGCCGAGAAAAUCUUACGUCUGAGCAGCUCGCCAGUGCAAAGAGUGCUUAGCAACUGCGUACCUCGCUAUCCCGUGUUGUCUUGCGCGACGGGCACGUGGUACUCCGAACGGACCUCCAUCUCGCUUAUUCAAGCAAUUGUCCGAGACAUUUUGACAGACCGACUUGACUUCCAGAAGGUUGUUCAUGCAUGUGUCGUCAAGGCACAAGAAUACAAGGGCGAGAAGUGCCUUGUCAUACCCUAUGGCCCCACAAAAGCAGCAAGCACCCUGGCGUCGAUGCUCAAAGCCCAGACUGAUCUUGAGAUCAUUCUUCGACGACCACUAACAGCCGCAAAGCAAGACAACUCGUCGCCGAAGAGCGAGCCCAAUGGACCCGUUAAGCUGGCAAUUGUCGGCAUGGCCGGUCGAUUUCCUGACGCUGCAAGCCACGAGAAGCUAUGGGAACUGCUUGAGAAGGGACUCGACGUUCAUCGCGUGGUUCCAAAGGACCGGUUUAACGCUGAAACACAUGUCGACGCUAACGGCAAGGUUAAAAACACUAGCCACACACCUUAUGGAUGCUGGAUUGAGAACCCAGGUCUUUUCGAUCCUCGAUUCUUCAACAUGUCUCCUCGUGAGGCAUUCCAAACAGAUCCCAUGCAAAGAAUGGCUUUAUCAACUGCCUACGAGGCCCUUGAGAUGUCUGGAUACGUUCCAAACCGGACGCGCUCAACGCAGCUUGAUCGCAUCGGUACAUUCUAUGGACAGACUAGUGACGACUGGCGAGAAAUUAAUGCGGCUCAAGAAGUCGACACAUAUUUCAUCACCGGUGGUGUGAGAGCCUUCGGACCAGGGCGAAUCAAUUAUCAUUUCGGGUUCUCUGGACCUUCUUUUAACAUCGACACUGCUUGUUCAUCGAGUGCUGCCGCAAUGCAACUAGCCUGCACAUCCCUAUGGGCUGGAGACUGUGACACAGCCAUCGUUGGUGGUCUCUCGUGUAUGACCAACUCGGAUAUUUUUGCAGGUCUUAGUCGAGGCCAGUUUUUGUCGAAGACAGGACCUUGUGCUACAUUUGACAACGACGCAGACGGAUACUGCCGAGCAGAUGGUGUAGGAACAGUCAUUGUCAAGAGACUUGACGAUGCUUUGGCCGAGAAGGAUAAUGUUCUCGCUGUCAUCCUCGCAACUGCUACAAAUCACUCUGCGGAUGCUAUCUCGAUCACCCAUCCUCACGGAGGAACUCAAGAGAUCCUCUACAAGUCCAUUCUCGAGAAGGCUGGUGUUGACGCGCUCGAUAUUGACUACGUUGAGAUGCACGGAACUGGUACGCAAGCAGGUGACGGCACUGAGAUGAAGUCUGUCACCAAUGUCUUUGCUCCUGCCGACCGCAAGAGGACUGCUGAACAACCGUUGUUCCUCGGUGCCGUAAAGGCCAACGUUGGACACGGUGAAGCUGCAUCAGGUGUCACAGCCUUGAUCAAGGUCUUAAUGAUGUUGAAGAACAAUGCCAUUCCUCCACAUGUUGGAAUUAAGAAGACCAUCAACAAGGGCUUCCCCAAAGAUCUUGCGGAGCGCAAUGUUCACAUUGCAUUCCAUAAGACUCCACUUCGAAAGAGAGCUGGCACCCCUCGACGCAUCUUUGUCAAUAACUUCAGUGCCGCCGGUGGAAACACUGGACUUCUAUUGGAAGAAGGCCCAGCUCACCUCAGAAACGUCAUUGAUCCUCGAUCAACCCAUAUCAUCACCGUUACUGCCAAGUCAAAGUCUGCGAUGAUCAGAAAUGCCGAGCGAUACAUUGCAUACCUCGACCAAAACCCAACAACAUCCAUCUCCGAUCUUGCAUAUACCACUACUGCUCGAAAGAUCCAACACAACUGGAGAAUUUCAGUUACUGGAACCGACAUUGCCCAAAUCCAGGCAGCUCUCAAAUCCAAACUUAGUGAGACGGUCGUUCCCGUUUUGCCUGAGCCACCAAAGGUGGCGUUCCUUUUCACUGGUCAAGGAUCCCACUAUGCGGCAAUGGGCAAAGAGCUCUAUGCAAACUCUACCCUCUUCCGGGAGACGAUUGAUGAGUUCGACAGCAUCGCCAACAUCCACGGCUUCCCAUCUUUCAUUCCAUUGAUUGAUGGCAGCGCUGAGGAUGUUCAAGCACUUUCGCCAGUCAUCGUUCAGCUUGGCAUUGUAUGCCUUGAGAUGGCUGUCGCAAGACUCUGGGACUCAUGGGGAGUCAAGCCUUCCGUUGUCCUUGGACACAGCUUGGGAGAGUACGCUGCUUUGAAUGUUUCUGGCAUUCUUUCAGCUAGUGAUGUGAUCUAUCUCGUCGGUAUGCGAGCUCAGCUUUUGGUUGAGAAGUGCACUCCUGGCACCCACGUCAUGGUUGCUGUUCAAGGUUCCGUUGCUUCUAUCACCGAAGCUCUUGGAAAUGCUUCCUCGAACUUGAACAUUGCUUGCAUCAACAGCCCAAGAGAGACCGUCCUCAGCGGUGCCGUCGAAGAGAUGGCCACCAUCUCGGACCUGCUCAACGACGCAGGCAUUAAGUGCACGCAGCUGAAGGUGCCUUUCGCCUUCCACUCUGGCCAAGUCGACCCCAUUUUGGACGACUUCCAGAAGCUUGCUGAAUCCGUUCACUUUGGGAAGGAGAAGGUGCCUCUCAUCUCAUCUGUCCUUGGCCGUAUGCUCAACGAGCCUGAGGUCAUCGAUGCAGAAUACCUCAGAAACCAUGCUCGCAACCCUGUUGACUUCCUUGGUGGAUUUCAAUCUGCUCAACAGUCUGGUAGCGUGGACAACAAGACCGUCUGGGUCGAAGUUGGUCCUCACACCGUAUGCUCCGGCAUGGUCAAGGCAACUCUCGAUGUUUCAACAAUCACCGCUCCUACUCUUCGCAGAGGUGAGAGUCCUUACAAGACCAUCAGCUCCAGUUUGAGCACCAUGCACACUGCUGGUCUCAAUGUUGACUGGAACGAAUACCACCGCGACUUCAAUGACUGUGUUCAGCUUCUUGAUCUUCCUAGCUACAGCUUUGAUGACAAGAACUACUGGAUCCAGUAUGAAGGCGAUUGGUGCUUGACCAAGGGCAAGCUCCCCACUAGCGGUUUCAUCGAAGCAGAGAAGGAGGCUAAGCCCAAGUUGUCUACAACAUCAAUCCACAACGUCGUCAGCGAAGUCAUCGAAGGCGAUGUUGUCACCAUGGUCACCGAGUCAGAUCUUGCUAAGCCUGGUCUUCGCGAGGUUGUCAGUGGCCACGUUGUGAACGGAGCUUUCCUUUGCCCAUCGUCACUAUACGGCGACAUGGCAAUGACGGUCUGUGAUUAUGCAUACCGUUUGAUCAAGCCAGAUGUCACUGAUCUUGGUAUGGACUUGUCGAACAUGAAGGUCCCCAAGCCACUCGUCGCUUCUCCGGAGGGCAAGAGUCAAAUCCUCACCCUCAAAGCAAGAGUCGAUGUCGGUGCUGGUCGUGCUGACCUCACAUUCAUGUCUGGCUCAGGCAAGACUCUUACUGAGCACGGCAUUUGCCAGGUCUACUUCGGAAAGAGCUCUGAAUACCUCGCUGAUUGGAAACGCAGCGCCUACCUCAUCGAAGGCCGUGUUGAUUGGCUACAAAAUGCCGAGAAGACUGGCAUUGCUCACAAGGUGGGACGUGGCUUGGCAUACAAAUUGUUCACUGCCUUGGUUGACUACAAUCCCAAAUUCCGAGGCAUGGAAGAAGUCAUCCUUCACAGUGACAACUUCGAGGCUACUGCCAAGGUUAAGUUCCAGACAACGGAAGCAGAUGGAAAGUUCGUAUGCAGUCCAUACUGGAUCGACAGCGUGAACCACAUCUCUGGUUUCAUUCUCAAUGGAUCUGAUGCCGUCGACUCUCGCGAAAGUGUCUACAUCUCUCACGGAUGGGGAUCGUUCAAGGUCGCUGAGCCACUGUCUGCCGAGAAGAAUUACCGCACCUAUGUGAGGAUGCAAGACAGCGAGCCCAAUGUCAAAUCUGGUGAUGUCUUCAUCUUCGAGAGUGGCAGAAUUGUGGCUGUCUGCGAAGGCUUGAAGUUCCAAUGCAUUCCACGCAGAGUCAUGAACAUCUUCUUGCCUCCUGUUGGUGCUGCUGCCAAGUCUGCUCCAGUCCGUCAAAUCGCAGCUCCAAAACAACAAGCUGCUGUUGUCGCCAAACCAGCUAAGCCUGCAAAGACUGCGCAAGUGAGCAUGACCAGUAUUGCUACUGUCAACAAGAAGCUUAUUGGCUCUGUCACAUCCAAGAUUCUCGAUAUCUUGGCCACGGAGGUUGGCGUUGAACUCGAAGAGCUCGUCGACAACAUUGGCUUUGCUGACCUUGGUGUGGACUCUCUCAUGUCCUUGACCGUCAGUGGCAGGAUCCGAGAGGAGAUGGAUAUCGAUGUUCACUCAAAUGACUUCGUCGAUCACCCAACCAUCGGAGCUUUCAAGUCCUUCUUGUCCAAAUUUGAGACUGAACGGGUAGCCGCUGUGGACUCGGUUGAGACAAGCUCUACCACAUCUGGCAAUGAAUCUACACCUGACUUGGUUGAUGAUUCUAAUGUCACUACUCCACUUGAAGACAGCACCGAUGAUGAGAAGGUCAGCCCUGACGAGGCAGGUAGUCUCACAGAACUCAUUAGACAAACCAUUGCGGAAGAAAUGGGAGUCGACACCGAUGAAAUUGCCGAUACAGUUGAUCUUUCAACGCUGGGCAUGGAUUCAUUGAUGAGCUUGACUAUUCUUGGACGUCUACGAGAAAAGACUGACAUGAAUCUUCCUGGCGAUCUCUUGGUCACAAACACUACCAUCCAGGAGAUCAAACGGUCACUGAACAUCGAUGCUCCACCACCAGCACCUGUUAAGGCUGCCCCCGUUGUCAAGCAAGUGGUUGUCAAGCAGCAAGUGAAGCAGGAAGUGGAAAUGACAAUAUCACGUAUGCCUCCUCAGCGCCUCGCGACUUCAGUGCUCCUUCAAGGUAGCUUGAGAAGCGCCACGAAGCAGCUCUGGAUCAUUCCUGACGGAGGUGGAUCUGCGACUUCAUACGUCGACAUUCCAGAUCUUACGCCUCAAGUUGCGGUCAUGGGUCUCAACUCACCCUACAUGAAGUUUCCCGAGGAGUACAAGUGUGGUGUCAUUGGCAUGGCUACAGCAUUUGUCACCGAGAUGAAGCGAAGACAGCCAACCGGUCCCUACAUGUUGGCUGGCUGGAGUGCUGGUGGAGUCAUUGCCUUCGAAGCCGUGAAUCAACUGACCAAGGCUGGCGACGAAGUCGAGAAACUCAUCCUCAUCGACUCACCCUGCCCCGACAUUAUCGAGCCCUUGCCAGCUUCCCUCCAUCGUUGGUUCGCCUCCAUCGGUCUCCUUGGCGACGGCGACUUCUCGAAGCUGCCCAAGUGGCUGCUGCCUCAUUUUGCCGCGUCAGUCAACGCUCUAUCGAAUUACACGGCAGAGAAGAUCGAUUCCAAAAAGAGCCCUCAUGUGACUGCCAUCUGGUGCGAGGACGGCGUCUGCAAGCUGCCUACCGACCCCCGACCUGAUCCCUUCCCGUACGGUCACGCACAAUUCCUUUUAGACAAUAGAACCGACUUCGGACCCAACCUCUGGGACAAAUACCUCAACUCGGAGAGAUUUGUUACUCGACAUAUGCCCGGCAAUCAUUUCUCCAUGAUGAAGCGUCCAUAUGUCAAAGAACUGGGUGAUCUGCUUAGAGAGGCCGUCCUCGCGACGGUGUAG